AUGGAUCCAUUUUUACAAUAUAGGUUAGGUAACAUUUCAUUAAAUGAAUUUCAUAGAAGGGCUAUUCAAAGCGAACUAGAGAGGAUUCUUGAAGAUCCCUUACCAAACAUGAAGAACUACCGAUUUAGCAAACAAUCCAGCUAUAAUCUAAAGAAAGGCACUCCGUUGAAUAUAGGCGUCAAUUGUCUUGACAUUGAUAAUACUGGUCAAGUAUUGUUAGGGGGCGGAGAUGAUGGCUCUCUUUCCAUAUGGGGUUUAGAAGAAUCAUUGCACCAUAAUGAUGGAGGUGAACAGGAAUUGAUCAAUAAAAGAUUAAACUAUAUCAAGCGACAGCCUCACCAGUCUGAUGAUGAACCUGCUCAAGUGGCGGGUUAUAAGAAUAAAAAAUCACGAACAAACGAUAGCAACGCUAUGAGAUUGGUGCACAGUUUUCAAACACAAAGAAAUAAAUAUCGAAUGUAUAGACAGUCUAAUGGUGCAGUUUCAAUUCCAAGAUCGCACAUAUCAAAUAAAACAAAUUCCCCUACCGGGCGUGGUGAGCAGCUAUCCGAAACCGAUCCAGAAGCUUCCAUAUCUCACCACAAAUAUGGCAUAACAACUUUAAGAUGGUACAAAGCAGAUAAUGGAAUGUUUUUCACUGGAUCCAAUGAUAGAACUGUCAAAAUAUGGGACACAAACAGACUUGAAGCAGUUCAAGAUAUAAACCUGGGGUAUAAAAUAAAUCAAAUUGACAAUAACGUUGCCGACGACAGUUCUUUGCUUGCGGUUGCAAGUGAAGAUUACUACCCGAGAUUAAUCGACCUGAGAACCAUGAAUUCAGGGAUAACCACGCUCGGAAUGGGAAACCAAACACGAAUGCAAUCUGAAAUUUUAUGCUGCAAAUUCAACCCCGUGAGGGAGCAGAUUAUUGCAUGUGGUGACAUGGAGGGUGGAAUAAAAUUAUGGGACUUAAGAAUGAGAAACAGAUUGUAUUUAGAAUUGAAGAGAAAUAAAAACGGGCUCAAGACUAUAAAUAACGAUGAUGACGAGGGCCAAAGCGACGUUUACUUUAGUUCCAAUCAAUCAAAAGCUCAUUUAAGAUGUUGUAGUGACAUUGUUUGGAACAGUGAGGGUUCAGAACUAUGCUCAAUUGGCAUGGAUGGAAAAUUGAAUAUUUGGAGGCCUUUUACGGAAAUUUUGCAACCAAAAGGUAUGGCUAGUUAUUUCCAGUUGGGACCACAGGACCUGAGCCGUAUCAAAUACAAAAAAAGAGUUUCCCAAAGGCUACUUUGGUUUGACAAGUUUUUACUGUGUAUUACUGACAAUGGAGAAAUAGAAAUAUAUAAUACGGAAGAAGAGAAACUUUGGAACAAGCUCGUAUACCCAAUGGUUAAUCAAGUAAAAAAAAACCUGGCGUCGCAUUGUCAGUUUAGUUCAAUGGUCGUGCAAACAAAUAUGAUGAAUUCGGUGGGCCUCAAAUUAUUCUUUGGAACCAACAACAACACUGUUAGCGAUGGAGGUUCCAUCUUUGAAUGUUCAUAA